ACUGAAGUCGUGACUGCCAAACGGCUCAAGCAAUUGGCAUUGCUGGAAAGCGUGGCCGACGAAUCCGCUCGCAUGGUCGCCGCUCGCAUGACGCCAGCACCGCCACCUCUCUCGACUUCAGUUCCGGCGCAGGCCCCACUGCAUGGUCCUUCGAUGCAAUCGUCCAUGACUGGGAUGGGCGCCGCGAGCUCACUGCUCUACUCGUCAGCCGCCGGCCCGACAGCUACCCCAGCGCCACAUCACUCGCCUUAUAUGGCCCACGCCCAGGCGCAUCCUUAUGCUUUAUCUCAAGCCCAGCGAUCGGCUUCGCCCUACGUUUCCACCGUUCAGCCUCAGCCGCGUCACCCAAUCGAUAUGAGCAUGGAUCUCGCGCAAGUACGCGCGCAGACGAGCCAGUCGUUCCGUCAUGGAGCGCCCAAUGCUGCUCUCCACCCUGCUGGCACGCAGAGCAUGAGCCAGAGCCAGCUCCUGUCGAUCAUGAACGGCACAAGCGGGGGGCUUCCUCCCUCUCGUGCAGAAUCAUUGGCGACACCGUACUUGUCGCGACAGCCGCCGUAUCUCGGACAUCGUCCUUCGUACCCGCCCACGGCAUCGAUGCAGCAAGGAGGCCAUCCCCUCGCGCAGCCUUAUGUGUUCCCGCCUCCCCCUGCGUCCCAUGCUUCGUCGACCUCCACGCUUCCUUCGCCCAUGGCAAUGAGCUACGCGGCAGGUAGCGUGGUCUCACCCGCUCCGAGCACGGCGAACCCUCUGCUGUCGAUCCUGAACGGUGGUCCUGCACCUUCGGUCAGCAGGAUGCUCUGAGGCUCAGCGGUAUUCAGCAUAGCGAUCUAGCAAAGAUCGAUGAACUUGCCGCUUGUCGGUGAGGUCGAGCCGAGCAUGUCGACAUGGACGUUGUUCAGGCGGUGCGGACUGUGAACGCACUCGUCACCAUUCACCUAUCCCCUUCACGAUCGUCUCAGCCGGCAUCAGGCCACCGUCGUCGCUCGCUCGUUGGCAUAUCAUCUGCAUAGUCGCAUUCUCUUCCCCGUCAGUUAUCAUUAUCGCACCUCUACCAUC